GGGUGGUCUACAUCGCCGGCGAGCUGUCCUCGGUCGGCGUGCACGCCCUCUCCUCCGCCGCCGAGGGCGCUGGCGAUCGCGGCGAAGGAGUCGGUGAGCUGGGAGGAGAUCGAGCUUGUCGAGAAGAUCGGCACGGGCGGCUUCGGCAACAUCUUCCGCGCGCGCUGGCGCGGCACGCCCCUAGCCGCCAAGGUGCUCAAGGAGGGGAGCAGCGAGGAGAGGAAGCUGGCGCUGCGAGACCUGCGGAUCGAGUGUGCGAUCCUGCGGCAGCUGCGGCACCCCAACAUCUGCAUGCUGCUCGGCGUCUGCCUGUACCCGGGGCGUGAGACGAUGCUCUCGGAGCUGAUGCGCUGCUCGAUGGAGGACAUGCUCCGCACCUUCCGCGAGGACGAGCCGAUGCCGGUGGCGCGCGUGGUGCGGUACGCCACCCACAUCGCGCAGGGAAUGAACUACCUCCACCUCUGCAACCCGCCCAUCCUCCACCGCGACCUCAAGCCCGCCAACCUGCUGCUCGACUUCUCCGACACGCUCAAGGUGGCCGACUUCGGGCUCGCCAAGCUGCGGCCGCUCGUCAAGAAGGGCGGCGGCGAGGGCGAGGGCGAGGGCGAGAUCGGGAUGGAGAUGAUGACUGGGGAGACGGGCUCGUACCGCUACAUGGCGCCAGAGGUGGCGAGGCACGAGGACUACACCGAGCGAGUCGACGUCUACUCCUUCUCGCUCGUGCUCUACUACAUGCGGUGCGGCUCGCCGCCCUGGCCGCGCCUCGGUGGGAUCGCCGCAGCGAAGGCGGCGGCGCUGGAGCUCUCCCGCCCGCCAGUGCCGCGCUUCUGGGACGCGCGGCUCGCGUCGCUGAUCAAGGACGCGUGGGCGGCGGACGCGUCCGCGCGCCCCAGCUUCCAGCAGGUGCUGUCGCGGCUCGGCGAGCUGAGCGCGGGGCUGGGAGGGGGCGAUGUUGGUCGCUCCGCUGAGUAUUACUUUGCCACGUGA